AUGUUCUCCGGACGCAAAUUCUCCAUCAAUCGCCACACUGGCGCCCCGAAGCCGCUGCUGCGACGCUUCAGCAACGUCGAGCCCUCGAUGAACGAGAUUCAGUCCAAGGUCCACAGACAAUUCCGCAAUGCGCACGAAGGUCACAUGCCCCACGCCGGCCUGGACGCCAGCCGAUCGUCCACCGGUGUCAUCUGGUGCACUGAGCGCGCCAGCGAGUAUGGCUUCUUGGACGAGCCCGAUGCGUGGGCCAACCUUGGCCAGGGUGCCCCCGAAGUUGAGGACGAAAUUGCCGGUUGCUUCAAGCGACCCGACACCAUCAACAUCAGCGUUGCGGCGCGAGAGUACGGCCCUACGGCGGGCAUCAAGCCCCUGAGAGAGGCUGUUGCCAAGCUCUACAACGAGACGCACCGCCAGGGCAAGGAGAGCCAGUACACCUGGGAGAACGUUGCCAUUGUUCCCGGUGGUCGUGCUGGUCUGAUCCGAAUUGCCGCCGUCCUGGGCAGCUCCUAUCUGUCCUUCUUCUUGCCCGACUACACGGCGUACAAUGAGAUGCUGAGUUUGUUCAAGAACUUUGCGGCUAUCCCCGUCCCCCUUUCCGAAGAGGACGGCUACCACAUCCACCCCGACAAGAUUGCCGAGGAAAUUGCCCGUGGUACCUCUGUCAUCCUUACCUCAAACCCCCGCAACCCUACCGGCCGAGUCGUUGCCAACCCCGAGCUGGCUGAGAUCCAAGACCUCUGCCGAGGCCGUGCCACCUUCAUCAGCGACGAGUUCUACUCCGGUUACAACUACACCAGCAACUGUGACGGUACCACGAUUUCGGCCGCCGAGAACGUCGAGGACGUCGAUGAGGAUGAUGUCCUGAUUAUUGAUGGACUUACCAAGCGCUUCCGACUUCCCGGAUGGCGAAUUGCGUGGAUCAUUGGUCCCAAGGAGUACAUCAGCGCCAUCGGCUCAUGUGGUAGCUACUUGGAUGGCGGUGCUGUGCACGCUCUCCAGGAGGCUGCUGUCCCCAUGCUUGAGCCAAGCACGGUCCAGAAUGAGAUGAUUCAUCUCCAGCGCCACUUCCGAGACAAGCGCGACUACACUGUCCGACGUCUGCGUGAGAUGGGCUUCUCCAUCAAAUACGUCCCUGAUUCUACCUUUUACCUGUGGCUGAACCUUGAGGGCCUUCCUGAUGCCAUUUCAGACGGCCUCAACUUCUUCCAGGCUUGCUUGGAGGAAAAGGUCAUUGUUGUUCCGGGUAUCUUCUUUGAUCUCAACCCCUCUCGACGACGUGACCUGUUCGACAGCCCGUGCCACCACUUUGUGCGUCUGUCAUACGGACCCAAAAUGGACGUGCUCAAGCUUGGCCUGGACGGAAUCGAGCGAGUUGUCAACAAGUUCAAGCGAUCCAACUAA